UUUGAAGGACAUUAAAAUUGUUUUUGUAUUUCUUUGAUUAUGCUACUAAUGUUUAUUUUGUAGGGGCAAUUAGUCUAUUCUUUGAUUUUUUGAUUGUUGAUGAUAUCUCUUGUUGAUCCUUUGAUAGAUCCAUAUGGGAUUUUGAAUUGCUUUGAUGGGUUGUGCUCAAUCUCGUAUUUCUCUGAUUUUGGGGUUUGGACUUGAGUUUGAGUCAAAUCACUGCUUAGAUUUUACUAGAUUUAAACUUAUGACUGAUUUUAGACUUAUAAGUAUCUUUAAUGGAAUUUGUUUGUAAAUUUUCAAAACCAACGUUAUGGGAUGGGGUGUGAGAUCACUGAACUUCAUUCCAUCAGGAAGUUUUAUACGUGAAUACAUAGGAGAGCUCCUUAAGGAGAAUGAAGCUUUUUGCUGCUGAGAAUAUUCCUCCAUUGAAUGAGUUGACUUAUCAUUAUAAUUAUACAGUAGAUGAGGUUCAUGAUUCAAAUGGUAAUAUUAAGAAGAAGAGUUGCUUUUGUGGUUCUCCUGAAUGCUCCGGUAGGCUGUAUUGAAAAGAAAUUAGGUGGGAAAGGGUAGGAAUUUUGUAUCACUUACUACAAGCAUUUUGACAUUAAAUUGCUUAUAUAGAGAUUGUGGGAGAAGACGAGCCUUUUUUGAAUGUUGUAUAUACCGUAUCUUGUUGUUAUCUACAAUUCUAUGUGAUCGACUCUAGUCAAAGUACUACCUUUUCUAUUGGGACUUAAGCUUUAACAAGUUGACUUUCUCAAUACCAAACUCAUUCCAAGACUUGUCAAUGUUAACUUACCUAUCAAGAACAUCUUGACUUUGAAGCCAAUAAACUCCAUCUAUAUGUAUGUAAAGGAUAAGUCUGGUUUGAUAUCAUAUAAAGGUGCACUUGAAGACAAGAUCAGUGUAAUGUUGCUCAAGUCUCUUGUAACCCUGGCAGGCAAGACAAAAUGACAGGUGUUGAUAAUGAAGUUCUUAUUAUUGAGAAUAAUGAUGAGACUUCUAUUUAGACUCAAAGGCAUGAAGAAAUUUUCAUUGAACUUAUGGAAGAGGAAGUUUUAAAGGGAAAUAAGAAUACCACAACCUUUACAAAGAAAUCAUGGAAAUAUAUAAAGGAAGAGCUUUGUGCACGAGCAAAAAGAAAUUAUAGUGAUAUGCAACUAAGGAACAAAUACAAUCAAUUAAAACAAAAGCAUACAAAAGCAUAAGGAUUUUAAGUCUUUACUGAAAGAGACUGGUAUGGGAUACAAUGCAGUGACUGGAGAAGUUAGUGCGACUGAUGAAGUUUGGGAUAAACUUAUUCGGGUUAACAAAUCUGCUAAAAGAUUUAGAAAGAAAGGUUGCAAGUUUUAUGAGAAAUUAUGCACUAUCUUUGGUGAUACUACUGCAACUGGUUCCAAUGCUCAUCCUUCAACUCGAAGUCCUUCUAAUGAUGGAGAUAAUAAUGAUGAUGAUGCAACGUCGAUAAGUCCUUCUACUAGGAAUGAAGAAAGUGGUUUUGAUGAGGAUGGUAGCAUAAGAAGAGGUAAAUCAACAGCCACUUCAAACUCUCGAUCAGUAAAAAGAGCAAAGUUCUCAUCAAUUUUGGCAGAUGCACUGGCAACAUAUAAUGAAAUUGCAAAGCGAAAGACAGAAUUGAUAGAGAGAUCAAUGGAAACAUCUGCAUCACAUUACUUAUGGAUGAGAGUGUUGAAACUCGUAAUCAAAUUGAUGGAAUUAGUGGAGAAGAAAAGCUAUUGAGAAGUUUGAGAAUGAGGUGUCUAGAGCAUAGAAGAAUAGAUGGGUUGCUGAAUUUGAAGUGAAAAGUUUAGACUUUGUUUAGCUAUGAACAAGAUGAAUUUGUUGAGCUAUUAACUUUAGUUUUCUUUAGCUAUUGACUGGAUGAGUUUGUUAAGCUAUUGACUAGAUAACCUUGUUAGCUAUUGACUGUAUGACUGUGUUUAGCUAUUGACUCUAUGUGUUUGUUAAGCUAUUGACUAUAUGAGUUUGUUAAGCUAUUGACUGGA